CCAGGCUAGGCUCUCUCCCUCUGAUCUGUCUCUGAUCUCUCGGCUCACUCUGUGAUCAUCAUCUCAUUCUAUAAAUAGCAUGCAAAGCAAGUCCCCAGCCACAUCAACAAGGAUUCCCUACCCCUUUCUCCGGGAGUUUUGCACGUCUUUCGGUUAACCCUCACUUUCUUUAUCCCUUGAUUUCUUUUUUUCCCUCUUAACCGUAUAUCUUUAUCUAAUUUAAAUCAAGUUCUUGGUACAUAGAAGGUCUGCCUCCUGGUUGUCAAAGUUCACACAUUUAUAAUUUGUCUUAAUCUCCUCGAUCAAUCAUCUCUUCUAUAAAGAUCAAUACACCCUUUGGUCUCUGUGUCUCUCAAUCUUACUCCAUCUUUCUGUUGUAAAUUCAUCGAAAGAUGGCAAAGGUCGUCAGCCUGUUGAUGAUAGGCCUCCUCCUCUGCUCCACGCUGACCUACGCUUCACGUCCAGAGCCUGGGUUUGCUGAUGCAACUCCUGCGAAUACCCUUCAUGCGGAUGAGUCGACGGACGUUCAUGAUGCUGUGGAUGUGGGUUGUGAAGGAAUUGGAGAGACGGAAUGUUUGACAAGGAGGACUUUGGCUGCUCACAUCGACUAUAUCUACACCCAGAAGGAGAAUCCAUGAAAUUAUUCUCAUGCAUGUCCUCGAUCGUUACUGGUUCAUUUCAUUUGUGGAAUAUGUAAUAUUAAUUACUUGAUAUGAUAUUAAUGUACGUUUCUUAAUUAAUUUCUUCUAUAUAUAGGCCAGUUUUGCUUUGUUAUUAAUUGGCCAGAAUGUUACAGAUCAAAAAAUAACUUCAACAAACAUGAAUACGUACGGUCUUGGUCUUCCAAGCGGCCAUUAAUUAUAUGAUGCUGACCUCUCGAUCGAUUGAUAUCGUUAACUUUCCGAUUCAA